GCGGGCGUAGCGCGCACUCCACUGGCUGCCGAUCCGGCUGCGGACGGGACCUCCCUGCGAGCCUCGGUCUCCGCUCCGUGUCAGGGCAGGCACAGGGCUCUCAAGCGCGGGCCCUGCAGCCGCACUGCUUUCCUGCCAAGCAUGGGGCUGCCUCGAAGGGCAGGGGACCCAGCGGAGCUGCGAAAGAACCUGAAGCCCCUGCUGGAGAAGCGCCGCCGCGCGCGCAUCAACGCGAGCCUGAGCCAGCUCAAGGGGCUCAUCCUGCCGCUCCUGGGCAGGGAGAGCUCUCACUACUCGAAGCUGGAGAAGGCGGACAUCCUGGAAAUGACCGUGCGCUUCCUGCAGGAGCUGCCUGCGUCCUCCUGCCCGACGGCAGCGCCCACGUCCUCCGACAGCUACCGCGAAGGCUACCGAGCUUGUCUGGCACGCCUGGCCCGCGUGCUACCUGCUUGCCGUGUCCUGGAGCCUGCUCUGAGCGCCCGCCUGUUGGAGCACCUGCGCCGGAGGGCGGCCUGUGCCACCCCCGACAGCGGACGCGCUGGGGACCCCAGUGGCCCACCCGCGCCCUCCCCGCCGCCUGCACCUGCACCCUCACCGCCGGUGCCGCCCCGUGGCCCUAGCCUCUGGCGGCCCUGGUAGCCCCCUGGCCGGUCCACAGACCCUGCUGACUACCAGGGACCAAGAGCACUAGACAGACUGAGAAAGUUCUUGGCGGUGGCUGGGUUUUCCACCCGGAGGGACCAGCCUGGUACCAGGCCAGAACUGGAUAUUUGUGUGGCCGACUGAAGUCCACGGAGGCUCAGGAAAUAAGGGGACAGGCCCAGCCUCAGCCCCCACUUAGGGUGUCAGGGCUGGUUGGUGAAGGGGCAGGUGGUUGCGGGGAUGGGGGUAAGACGCCUCCCACCCCAGGUGGUGGAAGGGCUCUAGAACUGGGCCAGCCACAGCUUCCCCGGGCAGCCCACACACCUGCCCUGGAGCUGGCACCAGCCCAAAGGCUGGGCCAGGAGCUCACCUGAGCCAGGUGCAGCCAUAUGCUCUGACUGGUCCCUGCUUUCCUGACCCUGCUUGGGCCUGCCUCCUCACCAGCUCAGCUUGAGAACUGCUGGACACACAGCAGCGAUGGCCUGAGGGGCCCUGCAGGCUGGGGAGCCAUGACCUUCACUCGAGGGCUCUCCCACCUGAAGCUUCUGAUUCCAGGACUGAUGCCACCAGGAUUGUGUGUCGCUGGGGGUGGGGACCUCCUCAGGCAGUUGCAGGAAGGAUUUAAUUCCCCAAGCAUUAGGGUCACACCUGAGUAUGGCUCACCUGGCCAGGAGGUCUUGGGAGUGUGAAGAAGGGGUGGCCCAAGAAUAAGGGUGCCCAGUGGCCUCAAGGAAGCUUGUCACCUUGAAGAGGCUGGGUCCGGCCCAGAACCAUGGCUGUGUGAGGUGAGUGGGGCCCAGGUCCUGGAGCAGCAGAAAGUCAAGGCAUAUGCAGCAGGUAAAGGAACAGGAACCCCUUUCCUCGUUUUCUCUUUCAAACUGCUCCUUGCUAUUGUCAAGACAGCUUACGGGAAGCAACUUGUUUCUUUUUUAUUUUUAUUUUUUUUUGUCUUUUUGCCAUUUCUUGGGCUGCUCCCACGCCAUAUGGAGGUUCCCAGGCUAGGGGUCCAAUCGGAGCUGUAGCCACCGGCCUACGCCAGAGCCACAGCAACACAGGAUCUGAGCUGCAUCUGCAACCUACCCCAUAGCUCACAGCAACGCCGGAUCGUUAACCCACCGAGUAAGGGCAGGGAUCGAACCCGCAACCUCAUGGUUCCUAGUCGGAUUCGUUAACCACUGCGCCACAACGGGAACUCCAGCAGCUUGUUCUUAAGAUGUUUCUUUCUGCCCCACGGAAGCCAGAGAGCCUUUGAAGACCAGAGAGGAGUCUGCAGAUCCCAGCAGUGGGUGCCCAAGAGAAGGCCAGAGUGCCUGCACUCACUUGCGGUCGUGUUCCCAGCAUCUCCUGGGGACUGGCUGGGCAUUUAUGGGAAUCGGGAGUCCUGCCCCUUCCUAUCCCGUCCAACAGCCUGUGUGAGAGUCCAGGACCCAAGGGACAAGAAGACAGAGCUGACAGAGGUGGGGGUGGUCACCAAGCUGAAUGAUGCCACAUAAACUCAUGAUGAUAACCUUGGCACCAAUUGGGGUGGCAGGAUGUGGGGAAGCUGUGGGCACAUUAUGGAAGAGGUCAAGGCUGAGAACUACAGGGUGAGCCCAUCAAGGGGGCUGUCCUAUGGCCUGUCUGGGCGCUGCUGGCUGGACUGUAAGCCCCUGGAGGGCAGGGCUGGGGCUUAGCGGACCUCUUUGUCCCCAAGGCAUUUGGCGUGUGGCGAGUGCUCAAUAAACAUUGUGAACAAAUGAA